AUGUUAGAUUUAUUGAAUCAAGCACAGUCUAUUAUAACUUCUUUUGACAAACAAUCCGAGAAAGCUAAAAUUGAGUAUCGAGUUCGCUUGAAUGCCUCAAUUGAUGUUGCAAGAUCUUGUGCAAAAGAAACAUUGAAGGCAAUUAUUAAAGACUUGAAUGGUGAUUACUUUGGGAUAUUGGUUGAUGAGUCUAAGGAUGUCUCUCAUAAAGAACAAAUGGCGCUUGUUUUGCGUUAUGUCAAUAAAGAGGGUAAAGUUAUUGAGCGAUUCCUUAGCAUUGUUCAUGUUAAAGAUACAUCUGCAAAGUUAUUGAAAGAAGCAAUUUGUUCUUUGCUUUUGGAACAUUCAUUGAGUAAAUCUCAAAUACGGGGACAGGGCUAUGAUGGAGCUAGUAACAUGCAGGGUGAAAUUAAUGGCCUUAAGACUUUGAUUAUGAAUGAUACUCCUUCGGCACAUUGCAUACAUUGUUUUGCUCAUCAAUUGCAAUUGACUCUUGUGGCUGUUGCAAAGAAACAUUAUGAGGCAGAACAAUUUUUUGAUAUUCUUGCAAAUGUUUUAAAUAUUGUUGGAGGUUCUUUUAAGCGCAGGGAGAUGCUUCGAGAUGAUCAAGCAGAAAAGCUGGAGGAACUACUAGUGCUUGGUGAAGUUCAUACGGGCAGCGGAUUAAAUCAAGAACUUGGACUUCAAAGGGCAGGUGAUACUCGCUGGGGUUCUCAUUUUAAGACAGUGCGUAAUUUUAUUAGUUUAUUCUCAUCAAUUGUUCAUGUACUUGGAGUUCUUUCAAUUGAGGGUUCAAAUUAUCAUGAGAGAUCAAUGGCAAAAAGUCUAGUGGACGACAUAAGAUCAUAUGAGUUUCUGUAUAUAUUGCAUUAA